GUUUACCUUCACCUUAUCAUGAAUUGAGAAACGAAUGAUACACAGAAACCUAAAAGCCACACUCAUUUUGUAGUAAUCGCUUUUCUUUUUCCAAUCCCAAAAACACUUUGAUCAGUCACUUUCCCCUCUUUUCCUUUUCCUUUUCCUUUUCCUUUUCACUGAGUACUAUACUAGUAGUGAAUUUGAUUUCAGGUUUGAAAUAACAUGGCUUUAGAUGAGACCAUGAACUCGCUUCCUCCUCCUUCUGUUAUGGUAGAAGAUGAUGAUGAUCAUGAUACUACAGAUGAUGGGAAUUAUGAUCACCAGCCUCAAUCACAUAACUUGUCCAGGUUAUCUGUAUGUACGAGUUCUAUGUAUACUAAUGAAGACGAUGAUUAUCAAGAUUGUGAUGGUAUGAGAAUGUUUUUGUCAAGAUUGUCUUUAGAAAGCUUCGACGCAGACGAAGAACUUUCCGAUGAGAAAGAAGGGAUAGCCAUGCUCGAUCUUUCUUCCGAUUCCGAUAAAGAACCCGCUUGUUACUCACUUCCAGCGACUCCUCCCCGCCGGAGAAUUCGUUCUGGGUUGGUGAAUCGGAUUGUAGGGGUAAAAGAGUACGCAAGUGAAAAUGAAGCUCAGAAGGGUAAUAAGGUCAAAAAGAAUUUGAGAAGAAGAAGAAGAUCAGUGAUAAGAGAAAGAUGGAUAGAUGGUGAAAAUAAGAGUACUAAAAAGAGAGAUGAAGAGAGUAUGUUUAUGGGAAUUGGGAAUAUUAAUAAUUAUUAUGGGUAUUGUAACAGUUUUAGUGGUGAGAGUGAAGGUGGAGGGCUAAAGGUUAUAACGAGGCCGAAAGGAGGGAAAAGGUCAUUGUGCUUGGAUUUAGAUGAAGUGAAAGCUUGCAGAGAUCUUGGGUUUGAAUUAGAACAUGAAAGAAUGUUGGAGAUGCCAGGAAUUGUCUCUCUUUCAGGAUCUACGCUUGAAACGAGCAGUGGUGGGAAUUCCCCUAUUGCCAAUUGGCGCAUUUCUAGCCCUGGAGAUGAUCCGAGAGAUGUCAAGGCUCGGUUGAAGGUAUGGGCACAGGCGGUGGCGAUGGCGUCUGCCUCUCGACAUGGCAGUGUCUGACUACUAAUGUUUGCGGAUUCUAAUUCAUACGUUUUUGUUUUUUUGAACUAUUAUUUUUCUAGAAAUAUACUAAAUGGGGGAAACUUAUUUUUGAAGGAUAUGGACUUAAUUUCUCUCUAGGUUGGUUGGAUUUUGACGGUGGACUUCAAUUUCCUUGGCAGUAAAAAGAGUUUCUUUCUUUUUUUUUUUGGGAUGGGUAUGUUGAUCUUGCUUUUGCCGAUUGUGAUUAUGGGAUUUCUGGUCAGAGUCUCUGAUCACUUCACUUUCGCUUUCUGUACAUGUUUUGGUACUUGUAAAUAUCACAUAAUCGGGAUUUGGGGGCAUGUUCCGGUUCACUUGAAACGGUUAAAUUACUAUUAUGAUUUUUUGAGCUUGGAA